UUUCGUUUCGUUUUAUGUUUUUCGAGGGGGCACAUCCGAAUGAAAGCUGAGCUGCACAGGCUGCGGAGGGUCAGCGGGAAUGCUGCCGGAACUUUUAAAUACACCGAAAGCAUAUUUCAUGACAAAUAAUGCAUCGACGCAAAAACUCCCGGCGCUUCUCGAAGACUCUUGCGCAAAUCCAGUCGAGUUUAGAAAGUUCUACGGAACGGCGGAUUACUCAAAGCUCCAACGUUAUGGGCGGAAGACGUUCCAUGCAGACGAGCCGGUGCCGCCCCAGCCACGACCUGUGGAACUCGCGGUUGCCGUUUUAAUUUUCGCGCUAGUCGCGAGAUUGCUGGCAGGUGUCUGAUAUCUAGUGAUUGCAGCGAGGAAUUGUCGGUGGGGGAAUCCACCUGUUACACUGCUGUGUUGGAGCUUACACAGAGCUAGAAUCUUCUUACCGGAAGGCUUUCAAGGGAAAUGGAGUUCCAGUUUCGAAGCUACAGUUUUCCAUCCGCGUCUUACGACAGACCGGAGAAGCCAAGACUGCACGGAGUGACAGAGAUCCGAGGCCCUUACUCCACCGUCAUGGGUCCUCGAUAUUUAGAGGAUAUUUUGGAAUCCAAAGGGCAUUUUGUCGACGGUUUGAAGUUUUCUGGAGGCUCGUUCAGUUUGAUGCCGAGAGAGAGAGUGAAGCGCAUUACUGCUCUAGCUCACAAACACGGAAUAUAUGUAAACACUGGUGGUUGGGCGGAGCACAUGCUUAAGAAGGGCCUCCCUUUCUUCAACGAGUAUGUGCAAGAAUGCAAAGACCUUGGAUUUGACAUUGUUGAAUUGGGUACAGACUUCCUUGAUCUGCAAGAAGCGGAUUUGUUGCGACUCAUACGUCUUGUGAAGAAUGCUGGUCUUCAAGCAAAGCCCGAAUUGGUCUUUGAAGCUGGUCGUAUCUCCAGUGGGCAAUCUGGAAAAGGGAAGACUGCACAAGUGCAAGAAGAAUCCCAAGAAUUUGAUAUCUUGAUCAAGAGGGCUGAACGGUGUUUGGAAGCUGGAGCCGAUAUGAUCAUGGUCGAGGCACAAGGACUUACUCAAAAUGUGCCAUCGUGGCGAACCGAUGUCUUGGCUGAGAUUAUCGGUCGGCUUGGGCUAGAAAGGACCAUGUUCGAGGCUCAUGAGCCGAAAGUCUUUCAAUGGUUUUUGAACAACUACGGGCCGAAGGUAAAUUUGUUCGUGAAUCACUGCGACGUUGUGGAGCUAGAGAACCUGCGUUCCGGGACCCGUGGGCAUUCUCGCUGGAUCUCUUUGUGAAAUGUUCUUAAUGCUGAUUAUCAGCAAGGUGAGCUAUAUGUGAAGGAAACGGGUUUUACCGUCGCCAUAAAAUCCUUGCCCUCACCAAGUUGCGCUGCUUGACUACCAUGUGAACAACAAUUGGAUGGCCGAUCUUCAUUUGGCGAUCAGAAGUUGGAGAUGGACCUAAUUCAUAUGCAAGAAGAAAUCAUGGGAUGGCUAUCUUAUUUGCAUUCUCACUGUAUAAAAUGUCUUAAAAUUGCAAUGGAGAAGUGGAGAUAGAAUUCGUAUCUUGCUUUCACAAAGACAUGGCGAAAAGCACAAAUUUAUGAGAGGAGAGGGCUAAAUAGCUGUCUUCCGGCGUGAUGUGUAAUAAAAAUGUAAGAUGUAUUAAUUAUACUCCCUCUCAAUCAGUUUGUGUGUACUAGUGUGCACGUGAAUGUCUAGUAGUGUGAAUCACACUCAUCAAACGAGGCAAUGACCUCGAGCGAGCUCGAACACUUCACAAGAUUCAAAGUAG